AUGUACAAGGUCAUAAAACCCUUCCAAGUAGCAAGAUUUUACUGUUCAAACUUUACAGCAAAGUAUAACCAAUCAUCUUAUUGCCUUCAAGAACUGUUUGCGAAUCCUCAAGUCCACAACCUUUUACGUCUGAUUACUUACAUAGAUUCAAAUACAGUUCAUCAACGAAGCUAUAGAAGAGCUGGGAAGGAAAGUAUUAAACUUCUAAGUGAUGCCGAACUAAAUAUAGUCAAAAAAUAUACUGCCGCUUUUACAGAACAAAAGUUGCAGAUGCCACCUGUUUUAAACCCAAGAACCCCUGUAAAUAGCCAAAUCAUUUCUCGAGAUAGCGAUCUUCAAGGGAUUAUUCCGGGAAAUAUUAAACUAGUUUUUACAGAUACCACACUAAAGCAUGACAGAAAGAACCGUCUCAUAGUAGUUAGAGAGUCAAAUGGCGACUUAAGACACGCAGAUCAUUCUGAACGUGAUCGCAUUAACCAAGUCUACUUUCCUUUGUCUGGUCGGAAGUUGUUUAUUCCUAUGAUGUUUGAAGACGAGCAUUUAAAUGCGCUUUUAGAUCAAGGCUCAUUUUUGUAUAUUUUGGACAGAACAUGUGUUCAAUUCGAACCAGAUGACCCCCAUUUCAGUCGAAUAUGCCAUCGUGUUUAUGAACGUGUGAACCAUUUAGCUUGGACUCCAUUUGAAAAAACCACUGGAUCAAUAGCCAACGGUCUAACCAAUCCAUUGCUUCUACUACGACACACACGCUAUUACGGUCCCUUAGCUUUAUAUAUGAUUGCUGAAUUAGGUUCUCCUGGGCCACUUGUAUAUGAGACUCUUGCACAUCAACAUUACAAUCGCUUAGGUUGGAUACUUCGUUUAGUUUGCCUUGUUAGACCCUCUAGUCCUUUUACUGUUCAUAUAAAGUCAAAUGUCGACUUAAUACCUCCGCCGAUACAGCCUGUUUCGGAUUAUACGAAGGGUGUGUCCAAACAAAAUAUGAGUCCAUCUGAGAUUAGCAAGCUGCUGGAUUAUGUUGAACUUUUCAUCAAUCUGGAACCUUUAAGUAAAGACAAACAAGUCAUACUCAAUGAUUAUCUUCAGCAAGCUCGCGAAAGUAUCAAAAUGAACAUAGAAAACCAAGGAUAA